CAAGAAAACUCAAAGUUUACUCAUUUGACUUAUUUAAUUAUAGAUACCAUUUUUGAUAUGUUUUGGUAAACUAUUUUGUAAUUCGUUGAUAUUAUUAAAGAAAUUAUACUGGGAAAAUUAGGUAAACGGUUUUAUUUGGCUUUAAAUACGCUCUUUUCUAGAAUUAUCUGUCGUAUUGCUAUAUUUAAAUUAUUAUUUUGUUUUUACAAUGCCUAGCGCAGAAACCGCGACGCAAGUUUGUUUGAAUUCAGUUAACUUCUUAGGACCAGUAACAAGCUUACUUCUGUUUGACCAUGACAAGUAUCUCUGUGCUGCUCAAGGAUCAUUUUUACGAAUAUACAACUUAGAUUCCCAUAACGAUGUCAACAUUUGCUGGAAAGUACUGAAAUUACCUUUUCGAAAUCGAAUUCAUGGCAUGCUGGCAUGUCGAGAUGGGUUGCUCAUCUGGGGAGGUUACAAUAUAGGGCUAGUAGACUGGAAAACAUGGGAGAUUUCUUUUAUACGUACUACCGACUGGAUUUUUAACGCAGUUGAAUUAAAUACCGAACGUGAUUUUGCCUUUGUGACAUCCAAAAAUGAAGUGCUAAUAUAUUCGUAUUUAUUAAAUAAGAAUUGGAAGCUUUCUUGUACUAUUUCUUGUCGAAAUAGUCCUCUUCUAUUUUUUGCUGCCCUACACUUGGCAGACGAUUGCAUUACUGUUGCUUCUGCAUCAGCUUUUGGUGAAAUUAAUUUGUGGUCUUUCUCUAUCAAUAAUCCUCCAAACGUUGUUUUUACAUUUGAUUCUUUAAGUGGACAUGAGGGUGCGUGUUUCGAUAUACGAUUCUCUGAUGACGGACAAUAUCUGAGCACUGUUUCCGAAGAUAGAACCGUGAGAUUAUGGGAAUUAAAGAAACAAAAUCGUCUUCUUGCUACUGGAUUUGGUCAUACAGCGCGUGUAUGGAAAUGUCGCUUUUUGUCUAACUCUUCCUUAGUUACCAUAUCUGAGGACCUCACUUUACGAAAAUGGGUUUACGACGGUGUGAAGUUGGAUAAUACAGAAACAUUUACAGGUCAUCGUGGAAAACACGUAUGGUCUAUAGCUACAUCCAAAAAACAUGAUUUACUUUUCACUGGAGGAAACGAUGGCGCUAUUCGCCAAUGGCAAGUUAACAAUGACACCGACACUUAUUCCUUUUAUAUUUCAUCUAUUUUCACCGGUGAUGUUUCUCUGUCUUCCUUCUGUUUCUUAAGUGUCAAUAAAUUGCUAUGUCUCGCCAAAAACGGAGAAAUCAGUCUUCUCGAUAACAAGAUUUGGAAACCAAUGCCUGCUUUUUCUUUGGAUUCUGAAGCAAGUGCGUUAUGUUCUUGGGAAAACAUGAAGCUUGCAGCUUUAGGAACCAAAACUGGAUCCCUAGUAAUAUUUGAUUACGAUAAUCCUUCCGCUUGCUUUGCUAAAAAGGUUCAUACCUCUAAAAUACAGCAUUUAUAUACAGCUUAUCAUAAAGGUUUCUAUUACCUUGUUUCUAAAUCCUUUAUCGGAAGGAAUGCCUACGAGGUCUACUUACAUCAGUUGUCUAUAGAAAACGGAAGUAUUAUAAUGAAUAUGUCAUUGAUGUUAAACCUUCCUGCUACCUUUGAUCCAACUUGUCUCACAAUUAGCAAUGAUUUAGCUUUUAUUGGAUCUCGAAGUGGUUCUUUGGCUAUUUAUAAAAUUGGGCAGCCAACUUGUUUGUAUUGCUUCAGAAGAUUGCACGAGUUUGAUACCAUAUACUCCAUCAUAAUUGAAAUUGAUAUAGAGAACAUUAUGAAUUUGAAAACUGUUGGCAGGGAUGGACUUGUGAAUAUGUUCCUUUUGAAAUUGAAUCCGGUUGAGCUUAGAAAGAUUGCUUCAGAGAAGGCAAUUGAAGGAAUCCUAAGUGGGGGAAUUCAAUUUGGAUAUCCGGAAGUCAAUAAAAAUUUGUGGGUUUGGGGUUUCCAUGCAUCGAAUUUCUUCUUAAGGAAUGAAACUACGGGAACCGAUGUGUACACUUUAGAAUGUGGUGGUUCUCAUAGGCCAUGGUCGUUUUCUAUGAACCAAACGAGGCAGGCUUUUGCAUUCUAUAAAUCCAAUCAAAUUUUUGUAAACGAUUCCUAUCGAAAUUUACUAGAGUGUAACAAGGUUUUGAGAAAGGGGAGUCAUGGUCGAGAAAUUAGGGCGAUGAGUUUUAACCCGGAGGGUACUCUUAUUGUAUCUGGUGCAGAGGAUACAAAUAUAAUAUUAUCCCUUUUUACGAAGGAAGGUCAAAUAAAUACACUGAAUAGCGUGAAAGUGCACAAUUCCGGGAUUCAAGCACUUUGCUGGGCAAAGGAUGAGCUUUUGUUUUCAAGUGGAGGGUUGGAAGAAUUAAAUGCGCUAAGGAUAGUACAAGGACCAGGUAAAAAAUCAUCUGCAGCUCGUAUCUUACAUGAAGCUACCUGUGCGAAAACGCUUACAAAGAGCAAAAUGGAUGGGGAUUUGCGGAUCACUGAUGUUUCUACCAUAAAGGCAACAUCCUGGGGAAAGGAUAUUUGGUUAAUCACGGCUAUUCUUUCGGAUUCGUCUUCAAGAAUAUAUUUAUACGAUGAGGGAAAGCGUGACUUCCAAUUUCUGAAAGGUUGGGACUACAAAAGCUGUUGUCUUGUUUCCGUUGAGCUAUUUGUUUUCAAAAAUCGUGUAUACUCUGUUAUAACUGCUACGGAUGGUUUCAUCACGUUAUGGGAUUUGCAUUCACAAGAUGUUGAGAAAACCCCUCAGUGUGUCUGGUCUAGCAGGGUACACCAAUCCUGUAUAAAAAGUUUAGAUGUUCGUUUUAACAAUCAAAACAGAAAAGUAUCUCUUUUCACGGGAGGUGACGAUGGUGCCGUUUGUCACAUGGCACUGAAACUAAAUAUUGAUACAGAGAUGAAAACCGUUUAUGUUGAAGAACUUGAGAAGUUCUCCCUUCCAGAGGCUCAUGCUUCUAGUGUAACAGGAAUACUUCAACUCGAAGAAAACUUAUUUUUAUCUGCAUCCGUUGAUCAAAGAAUAUUGACCUGGGCAAAACGGGAGGGAUUAUGGAAAGUCGAAUCGGAGAAUAAUACAUUCGUUGCUGAUGUGGGAGGCAUGUUUUCACAAGGCUCCAAUUUGGUUGUCUUUGGAGUUGGGUACGAGGUUUUCAAAAUAAACAAAUUACUUUGAGAAACUUAGGAGACCUAUUGCAUGUGUCAAGCGUUGGCUAAUUCACUUAAAUUAUAGGAACCUCAAAUUGAUUUUCAAUAAAAAUGAAAUACAACCAUAUUUAUUCUACUUUACUGCUCACAUUAUUCCGAAUAUAA